AUGGCUCUCAUGAGAGUUCUUGGACAGAACUGCAAGGGCAUCAAUAUUGUCUCAACCAUGCGAGCUGCAAUGCCCGAUCCCACUAGUACCUGCAGUUCAAUUCCAAAAAAGGACGAAAAGAUCUACGGUGAUGUAUCACCCUCGUGGGUGGAGACACGACUCGAGGCUCUUGGCACACAACCGAAGUGA